CGGCGCCUUGCAGCGCUCACUUGGCUCAGUCCUCUUGUCAAUUGACCCUUUCGUUUCUCUUGGAUAGGCUCGCGCCCUUAUCUCAGGGACAUCGAGCUCAGCAAGAGAUAAAAUGCCUGGGGUUUCAAUUGAGAAUGAAGUCAAACAUGAUAAUCCAUCGACUAUCUCUCGAGAUGUCGUCACCGAGUCUAGCGGAGAAGAGAGCCGGUCAGCUGCACCACCACCCAUCUUCAACGAACAGACAAAUUAUGUCCCAUUGAGCACUAUCAUUACGAUAUUCCUAGCAUGCUCGACAGUUGAUUUCGUAGCGGUCAUGGACCAAACCACUCUAGCCGGGAGUUUAUCCAUAAUCGGCAAUACAUUAAAUGCCAGCAACAAAACCUCCUGGAUAUCAGGAGGGUAUUUUGUAACAUCAACCUGUUUCCAACUUCUAUACGGACGACUCUCUGACAUCUGGUCCCGAAAAUACGUCCUAUACAUAGGUCUCGUCAUUAUGUUCAUCGGAUCCCUGGCAUCAUCUCUAGCACAGACCGCCACGCAGCUCAUCAUUUUCCGCGCCUUCACCGGCAUGGGCGGCGGCGGAAUCACGUCCAUCGCACAGAUGAUAGUCAGUGACGUGGUUCCACUUCGCGAGCGAGGUAAAUAUCAAGGCAUUCUUGGUGCAGUAAUAGCUAUCGCCAACGGAAUCGGUCCUGUGAUUGGCGGUGCUCUAUCCCCGAUAUCCCACAACUCGUGGAGAUGGAUCUUCCGACUUAUGCUGCCACUCACGGCUAUCUCAAUCCUCGCUGUGAUGUUCUUCAUGCCUUUGCGGAAGGUCACCGGUAACUGGAAAGCGAAGCUGAAAGCCGUUGAUUUCUUCGGUGUCUUUCUAGCUCUAGGAGGCACGGCGGUGCUUAUGCUCGGAUUGACAUGGGGUGGUGGCGAGUAUGUCUGGAAAUCGACACAUGUUAUAGCAACGCUCAUCGUGGGGGCUGCAGUGUGUGUGGCUUUUGUCCUGUGGGAAUGGAAAGGUCAUCCGUAUCCGCUGAUACCUAUGCAUUUCUUUAAAUCUCGCAUUGUGAACGGCGCGUGCCUGACCAUGUUCAUCAACGGGUGGAAUAUCAUAGUCAUGCUUUACUACAUUCCGACUUUCUACCAGCUUGUGUUCGGUUAUUCGACUACCAAAGCUGGUGCCAUGGUAUUACCCAUCACAUUGUUGCAGACUCUGAGCAGCACCCUGUCCGGCCUAAUCGUCCACUGGAUCGGCCGAUAUCGCGAAUCCAUCCUCGUCGGCUGGAUGAUCUGGGCCAUCGGACUCGGCCUGAUGUCGACUCUGAACGAGACAUCCAAUCUAGGAAAGCAGAUAGGCUACGGUCUCUUGACAGGUAUAGGUUCAGGGAAUACAUUACAGCCAGCCCUAAUCGCCGUCCAAGCCGGCGUCGCAAGACGAGACAUGGCCGUAGUAACCUCAUUCCGAAACUUCAUCCGCAACCUAGGCGGCACCCUCGGCCUCGCUGUCUCGGGCACAAUCAUAAACAACCUCCUCUCCACGUCCAUCACCUCCCUCCGCCUAACCACUGCACAAAAGCAAUCCUUCCUUGCCAGCCCAUCCAACUAUCUGUCUAAACUCCCCGCCGACGAAGCGGCAUAUGUUCGUGCGCUGCUUAUCCCCGCGUACAAAGAGGGAUUUAGGAUCGUGUUUACGGUGAAUGCGGCGCUCGCGGCGCUGGCUUUCUUCUUGGCGGUGGCGUUGAUGCCGCAGGUGAAGUUGGAGAGGGCGGAUGAUGAGCGGUUGAAGGAGGAGGGGAUGAGGAGGAGAGAGGAGCAGAGAGAAGGGGAGGAUUAGGGAGGUAAGUGGGAGUGGGAGUGGGAAGGGGUGAAGUUAUACACUACUAG